CUAGACUCUGACCUCUUCUUUGGGCCCCACAUCCACUCACUGACUAAAUCCUGACACCUCAACCUCUGGAACAUUUCCAAAAUCCGCCCUUCCUGACCAAUGACACCACAAAACAACUUAUCCACGCCUUGGAUAUAUCCCGCCUCCAUUACUGCAACUCCCUCCUCACUGGUCUACCAUUACACAGGCCACACCCCCUUCAGUCUAUCAUGAAUGCUGCUGCUAGACUCAUACACCUUACCAACCAUCAGUGUCCUCCACCCCCCUCUGCCAAUCCCUCCACUGGCCUCCACUCAGUGUCCUCCACCCCUCUCUGCCAAUCCCUCCACUGGCCUCCACUCAGUGUCCUCCACCCCCCUCUGCCAAUCCCUCCACUGGCCUCCUGAGUGUCCUCCACCCCUCUGCCAAUCCCUCCACUGGCCUCCACUCAGUGUCCUCCACCCCUCUCUGCCAAUCCCUCCAUUGGCCUCCACUCAGUGUCCUCCACCCCUCUCUGCCAAUCCCUUCACUGGC